CCCCCAUCUCUCGCACAUCAACGCGGGAUUGCCGCCAAGGACCGCACACACACGCGCGCCCUUUUGACUUCACUUCCCCCCCUCUCCCGAUUCCCGCCCCAUCGUCGCGCUCCACUCCGCUCUCCCAUCACAGAGUAAGGGGGAUCGCCUUCCCCUCGCCUCCGCAACGACUCUGCCCGUGACCACGGAGCCGACAGUGUCCCGUCGUCGCCGCCGUCGGCUUGCCUGUCAGCCGCCGCUGUCGCCGUCACCGCUACCAACAUGUCGUGCUUUGGCCUGAAGCUCGAGCACGAUGUGGCGCUGACCAUCCCGAACUACCCGUUCAACCUGCCGGAGUCGCGUCAAUCCCCCGCUCCGCCUGGGGGAGCUGAACAGGGCCACUUUUUCGAAGGUCAGGCUGACCAGACCCCCACCCUUUCGGCAAGCAAUUCGGUUGUCGGUUUGCCGGGCUCCAGCUUGGCCCUCAAUGAGCAGAACCUGCCGGAUGGCGUGGAUGCCACCGGUCUGGGCCAUCGCUUCGAUACCUUCACCUCGGCCGCCGAGCAGGGCGCCGGUACCGAGGGGGACUUCCCUCUUGGUGCUGCUCCCCCCUGGGACAUUGAUGAGGGCGAGGCAUUGAAGCUGAUUCGGACAGUGCGCUACUUUGACGGUCGAACGGCCGAUCUUGACAUCGACCUCGGUCCGGAGGAUGACGACCGUGUUUUCCCGGAGAUUUCCAUGGCCAGCGCCGUGACCUUGGCCGAUGAGACCAUUGUCCCUGCCGCCUCUUUGGUGUCCUCUCUGUCGAUGCCGCCCGACAGCCUCCGGGCGUCGCCGUAUGCCGGUGGGGAGGAUGCUCCCGCGGCCGAUGGCCCCGAUGGCCCGGCCCGUCGCACUGCGUCUCCUGUGGAUCAGGACCUCGCGGAUACCGCGGCUGGCACUUCUCCCACACCGACCGGUUCCGCUCUCCCCUCCACUCGGCGCAAGAACCUCCUUGGUCUUCUGUACCCUGGUGAUCGGGACGGCGUUCGGCAUGCCCUACGGACAUCGCAGGCGCUGAUCAUGCGCAAACUGGCCCAGAAGCGCGCGGGUGCUCCAGAGGUCCCCGGAUCGGAAGUGGUCUUCAAGACCCUCUACCGCCGGCGCCUGGUGUCACACAAUGCGGUCCCGGGCGCUGGGGCCGAUUCCGAGGCACCUGCCAAUCCUGCACGCCCUAGCUCCGGCGGGUCGGAGGAUGGCAAUGAUCCUUGUGUCCAGCCGAUCGAGUAUUCCUUCUUCCUGGCCGAACUGCGCUUUGCCCCUCCCACGCCGGGAUCCCCGCCGAACACGGUAUCCUUGCGCUUGGCCGAACAGGAUAUCACCCAUGAGUUCGACCAGGUUGAGUCACUGGCUCUCUUUUAUAUCCCAGACGUGACUCCCUCGGGAGACACCCCGGUCACCAGCUCACUCCCGACCCCGGCGCCGGUGACCCUCGGCGAGGCGCAUGCCCGCGCGCGUGGGCUUUCCUCCUCGCCGCCUGCCACCACCCCCUCCAAUUCGGACAUCAUUUUCCAGAGUGAUGCCUCGACCGGAUGCAUCACGCGGGCCUCCUUCUCUUCGGAACUGGUUUGGGGCAUGGCCCCGGGCGAUUUGCUCACCUUGCCUCCCUGGUUCGGGGUGGUCACGUCGUAUGAUAGCCAGUCGUCGGGACUGGAGCUUUCGGCCAACCUGCGGCACCUUCUCCGGCCGCGGCAUGCUCGGCACUGGAAUGGCAGCCAAACCUUCACCAUUGUGGAUGAUGUGUGCUCCGGCAACCAGGCUCUCAACCCGCUGGAGCGCUUCACCGGCAAUCUCUUCGAGCGUAUGUGGCACUCGGUAGUCGAGACCCAAAAGCCCUCGGGACCAUUUGUCGUUCUGCGUCAGGUCCGCCGCGGGGCUGGGCCUCGCGGCCGGCAUGGCGGCCACGACGGUGACACAGCGAUCUUUGCCACGCGCGAGCUGAUCCAACUGUCACCGGUCAUGGAUCCGGCCGAUCCGCGACGCGUGUGCUCCGUGGUCGGAGUGGUGUCCUUCACUGGCUGGGUUCAGCUGAAGGACCCAUCUGUCCUGUCGGCCAUGAUGCAGCAGCAACGCCCGCGCUUCUCCCAGGCGGACUUCAUGCCGACCAAUUUGGACCCCGGGCUGACCUUCUCCUCGGACUCGCCGCCGGAUAUCCAGCAACUGGAGGCGGCCACCUCGUUGGAGACCUUGAGUCGGGCAGCCAUGAGCUGCAUGGGUAGCCCCAUCUCGGCCUCCACCUCCUCCACAUCAUUGGCCCUGCUGGACUCGGGGAGCGAUGUGGUGUCCACAGCGACAGUUACUACGAUCCCCCAUCAGGGAGGAGCCAGCAACGAGCAAACACAUUUUUCACACCGCCCUGUCGGUGGCACGCAGUCAUACUUCCCUCAGCAGCAGCAGCAGCAGCAGCAGCAGCAGUACCACAAUGCCCAAACCCAGGGUGGUAUGAAUGGUGUGGGGAUGCUGGCGGCGGAUACCCACAUCUCUGCGUCCUUCUUGAGUAACCUUUCGCAACAGCGCGGGCAUGACGGCAGCGUUGGCCAUGGAGGCUCGGUCAGCGGCAACAGCAGCAGCACCGCCUCCUCCAGCAACAACACCAAUGGCCCCAUGCAUUCAUUGGCCGAUUUGGCCAUGACUGCCGGCGUCUUCGAGGCGGCGGCGGAGCUCAUGCGUGUCAACUCCGGCAAGGGGUUUGCAUUUGGUAACAGCUCGAAUGAUGGACACCAGCAGCAGCACCACCAGCAACAGCACCACCAGCAACAGCAGCAGUUCCAGCAACAGUACCGGCAGCAACAACAGCAGGCCCACUCGCAUCAGCACCACCAUCAACAACAGCAGCAGCAGCACCAUCACCAUCACCAUCAUCACGGCGGGCGGCAAUCGAUGGCUGGCAGCCAGGAGUAUGUCCCGAUGGAGGAUCAUCAUAUGAAUGGAAACAUGUCUGCAGCGGAAAUGCUGCUGAUGCAGCGUCGGCACCAUCAGCAGUAUCAGCAGCAGCAGCAGCAGCAGCAGCAGCAGCAGCAGCAGCAGCAGCAACAGCCGCCGCCGCAGUUUGGGCAGCUUCGCGCCGGGGCCCCGAUGCCGGCCACUGGCGCCGCACCACCGGCCCCAAGCGACCCGGCCACCGGCGGUGCCUCCAAGCGCACACCCCGGCCAUCUCCCUCGGGGCUGCCCUGUCCCCAAAAUGGCUGCGGGCGAACCACAUCCUUGGAGUGGCGCCGCGGCCCGGAUGGUGAGAAAUCCCUCUGUAAUGCAUGCGGCCUGCGGUGGUCGCGUAAGCAAAGUGUCCUUGCUCCGGCUGCCGGGGGUGCUUCUUCAAGCCCCGGAGGAGGGGCGGCUGGUGAGGGGUCGGCCUCGCAGCCGCCCUCGGCCAGUGCCUCGGCUGCCUCUUCACCAUCUCUUGGAGGAGGAGCCGCCGCCAUGGCCAAGCAAUCCGGCAGUGGCAAGGCCGCCAGCUCGGGGAAGACGUCCAGCCGGAAAGGUAGCCCUGCGACUGGCACUGGAAACAAGGCCUCGGCCCAGGGAAGCAGCGGGGCUGCUGGCGCCGGGGCCCCGGCCAAGCCGCGCAAGCGCAAGAAGCUGUCUCCGCCGGGGGAGACGACGGCCUUGCCGCGGGCGACGACGACGGUGAAUUCUCCGCAGAUGAUGGCUGCUCUUCCGAACAACCCGCCAGCGGGAACGGCCCAUAGCAGUAGCCAUGUUGGUGCUGGUGGCCACCCGCACGUUGUUCCCUGAAAGGGAGGAAGAAAAAAAAAGAAGGCGGUGCACAAGGGGCGAGAGGCGACCGUGAAUGAGAGCGAGAGACGCUGUUCUCCCGCGCCGCCUUGUCCCUCCCUCCACAUGCCCCCUUCUUCCCUCCCCUGUCCUGUUUCUCCUUGGUUUCCCUUGUGGCGAUGGUGUGUGUGUGUGUGUGUGUAUACACACAUCGCACCGGCUGAAAAGACAACACACUUGCACACAUCCCCACGAUCCGCGACUCGCAUGCGUUGGCUUGACACGAGGAUAUGCCAAUGUAGUUAUUUGGUUCUGG